UGUAUCGUGUGACGUUGCGCCUACCAUCUGCGCAUGCGCGAUCGUGGUUCACACGUGAAGGAGGCAGCAUGGCUGAUAAAACAGAAGUUGUGUUAGAUCGGACUCAGGUGAAGAAGGCCGUUCAGGCUCUGCAGGCUUUCCUGAAAACCAAGUCCACCCGUGACUCUCUGUUGCUGGACGACACUCAGCACAUCAGCCUGCUCUUCACCCUCUGGAAGGUCCCCAAGCAGGCACAGACCAUCCGCAUUCCCUUGCCCCAUGGCCAGCGGCCUGACACAGAGGAGAUCUGCCUCUUCACCAAAGAUGAGCCCAACAUGACCGCAGAGCAGACCCAGAGGUUUUAUAAGAAGCUACUGGAGGAAAAGGGUGUCAAAAACAUAUCUGAGAUCAUCCCCUACAAGGUCCUGAGGACAGAGUACAAACCGUAUGAAGCUAAGCGCCGUCUGCUUGGGAACUUUGACUUGUUUCUUUCAGACGACCGCGUCCGCCGCCUGCUGCCAUCCCAUCUCGGAAAACAUUUCUACGAAAGGAAAAAAGAGCCACUGUGUGUGAACCUGCAGAGCAAACAUCUGGCCAGAGACAUCCAGAGGGUGAUCCAGGGCACCAGCCUGAAGGUUACCAACAAGGGCUGCUGCUGUAUGGCUCGUGUUGCCCUCUCCAGCAUGGCUGCAGAUGACGUUACAGACAACAUAGAGGCUGCUGUCAAAACAGCGGUGGCCAAAUUACGAAUGAAAGGACCAGUGAUGAAGCUCAUCCACAUCAAAAGUCAAACGUCAGUGGCCCUGCCCAUCUACACUUCAGACCUCAGCCAACUCAGCGUGGUGAAGGCGGCAGAUAAGCCCAAGGAAAAGGGAGGAGCAGCCAAAAAACGGGCCAAGAAAAAGCAGACACAGGGCACAAAGCAAACGGACACCCCUGCAGAGGGGAAGGGAAAGGAGAAGAAGGUGAAGGAGGAAGAGGAGGAAGAAAUCCCACAGCUGGUUCCCAUAGAAACACCGAGCAAAAAGCCGAAGCUGGAGAAGCCGUUGAAAAAGAAGCAGCUGGAGAAAGUUCCCAAACCUGCUGCAGCGAAGAAAGGAACAAAAGCUCAGAGCAAAAUGGCAAAGAAGGCCGGCAAGACGGAGUCCAAAGGAAAAAGAAAAGUGCCUAAAGUGAAAUGAGUCUGACAUUACCCUCUAAACCUGGACAUUUGACACAGUAUACACAAGCAGAUUUGAAUGAGUAUAAGAUUAUAAACAUUGUUAUAUGAAAUGA